CGUUUGACAUACUGGACUUGGUUUCCUCCUUUACCCUUUAAUGAAUGAGAACUCCACUCCCUCCUCAUUCUCUACAUUGGUGGCAAAGGUGGUUUCUGGCCUCUUUUGGAAGAGCGCCCCUGUUUGUAUCGAGGUUUGCAUGGAGGACAGAGAGAGGAGUAAUUAUGUAGCCUUGUGUGUAAACAUUUACACUACUUUUAUAGGGGGUGAAUGAUUUAUACUACAGUAGGUGAAUCUGUCUAUGUGCAUGGAAGUAUUUGCACAGGUGCCACGACUGUAUUGGAACAAGGACUGGUAGCAUGCUGUUGUCAUGUGCAACAGAUCCCUAACAGACAAGGUUACUAAGAAUUGAACUGUUUGGAAUAAUAGUCUCGUAUAACAAAUGUGACCUCGGGGAACAAUCUAUUGUUGUCUCUCACCUUUGCCCAACUGCUCCAAGGCCAAGAGUUCUGACAUUUCCCGCUGGCACAAACUGUCAGCCUCACAGACAAAGACCAAUAAAUCAUCAGCAUAACUGUACUGCUGUGCCCAUCCAUUGGCCCACCCGCUCCCACCCGACCCAUCUCCCCUUUCCAGCAAGUCAACACUAGAUUCCCCUCCGGCUGCAUGUCACCAUAAUGUAUGAUAACUGUGCCACACGUUGCCUAACAGCUAUCUAUAGCCUCUGCUAUUCUCGUAGCUGUGAAGAGCAAUACAAACAGUGGUUACCCUGUCAAGUGCAUCUGCUCUGCACAGAGGAUAGGGAAGGGGGAGAUUCGGUCUAGCUGCUACUGUACCUCAAGGAAAUAUCAUCAUGGAUAAAAUGUCAUGCUAGGACAUGAGAUAUUUUGAUCUGACUCAGCACUUCGUCACUCCUGACAAAUGCAAAUGUGCUGUUUGAACACUUGAGUUGAGGUGAUGGAGCCAAGCAGCUGCCCUGGCUCAGGGACCGACAGUGACAAGCCUGCCCUCGGCAAGCUUUUGGACUCAGGGAUGGACAGCCUGAAAGUGAGAGUUGACGGGAGCGUUUUUGUGGUGAACAAAGCCCUACUCGAGCAGCACUGUGAGUACUUCCGAGCCCUCUUCCAGUCGGGAAUGCGAGAAUGCCAACAGGAUGAGGUCCAUCUGCAAGGGCUGAGCGCCCGGGGAUUUGUGUUGGCGCUCCGGGUCCUGGACGGGGAUCGCCCCAUCCUGGGUUGUGACGAGAUUGUGGAAGCCAUAGAGUGUGCCACCUUUCUACAGGUGGAGUCUGUGACAAAGCACCUGACCAAUAUCAUCAACUCAGAGAACUGCUUGUUGAUGUACCACACAGCUGCGACCUACGGUUUAUGGGAUCUGUCCCAUCAAGCUGCUUUAUUCAUUAAAGACAUGUACUCGGACCUGAAGGAAGAUGUUGUGAGCACCUUACCAGAAGACCUAGUGGAGUACGUUGAGUCUCUCAUCCCCAGUCGGUACGUCUCAGUCUGCAGCCACUCUCCUACCGUCGAGCAGCUCCAGGACUGUCAGAGGACGGUCUGCUACCUGGAUGACGAAGAUAGAGAAUGGAAGGUGCUGAGUCACCUACCCCUAAACACAAGCACCACUAUGGCAGGUGUGACCAUGCUAGACAACAAGCUGUACAUUAUAGGAGGCGUCCACGACCUCAGCAAGAAAGUUGUGGACUCUGGCUUCUGCUACGACCCAGAGAGUGACUCCUGGUCCACUAUUUCGAGUCCCCAGCAGCCACGCUACAACUUUACGUUAGUGGGCCACGAAGGCUGCCUCUACGCCAUCGGUGGGGAGUUCGACCGGAAGUCCAUGGCGUUGGUGGAGAAGUACAGUGUCUCCACAGCCACCUGGCGCUUCGCCGCUAAUCUCCCCUGCAGAGCCGCCAACGUGGCCUCCACCAAAGCCAUGAGCCGCAUCUUCAUCUGCCUCUGGAAACCCAAGGGCGUUACGGAGAUCCACGAGUACGUCCCUGAGAGGGACCAAUGGGUCCUGGUCACCACGCUAGUCCGUGACCAGAGCUAUGGCCACUGCAUGGUGGGCCACAGGGACAAUUUGUAUGUCAUGCGCAACGGGCCCUGCGAAGACUUCCUGAUGUGUGUGAUGGACUGCUACAACCUGACUACGGGUCAGUGGACAGCCUUGCCGGGGCAAUACGCAAACAGUAAAGGAGCCCUGUUCACAUCGGUAGUAAGAGGGGACUCAGUGUUCACCCUCAACCGCAUGAGGACCACAGAGUUCACCGUGGAGGAGCACAGAUGGAAAACCAAGAGAGAGACCAAGGGCUUCGGGCGAAUCGGCUCCAUGUACACAUUUCUCAUGAGACUGCCCAAGGCCAAGACUGUGGGAAACACUGAGGUGUUGACGGACGGGCUGGAGUUUGGGAAUCGGAUCGACCACAGACGCAGAGACUCUCUGCUACAAUGCUUUGACUGACUUCCUGUGAAUAAGUUCAGUCUUUUAAUAUCUCCUGACAAACCAACAACAGGACAAUGAACUAGAAUGCUUUGACUGACUUCCUGUGAAUAAGUUCAGUCUUUUAAUAUCUCCUGACAAACCAACAACAGGACAAUGAACUAGAAUGCUUUGACUGACUUCUUGUGAAUAGGUUUAGUAUGUUACUUGGGCCACUUUUAGUAGGUAAACAUGGAACGUUGCAGAAAUAAAUGUCAUGAAUAGAGUUGACCAUUCCUUUUUUUACAUGUCAGAGAGGCAUGUUUGUUCUUCAUAGCAUAUUUCUAUCUGAAUAUUGCACAACGUUGUGCCGUUCUGAAUGUAAUCUUGCGGCGUCUCUCUACAAAUCAACAAAUGAGCUAAAGAUGUAAAUGUCAGAGACAACAGUAAUUUGUAAACAUUAAAGUUUGCUUCAUUCAUGACAAGUUGGAAACUCAGAACCUCUGAGUAAACAUUAAUUAACAUAUUGGUUGAUUUGGAUACUUUCCAAGUGGGAAAUAUUAGUUUCCUAGUUUCCACAUGUCAUGAGUGCAGCAUAUCUUCCAAGAAUAAUUAAAUAGCAUUUAAGAAACUCUGUAGUAAUAUUGUCUUCUAUAGUUCUUGAGAAAUGUGUUGCCUCAAGUAGCCUUCUGGGUAAUUUGUAUCCAAAUGUAGUGUACUAUAAAGUGUCCUAUAAUCAAGUGAUUCAUUACAUUGAGUUGACACAGCCCUAUCAGAGAGCUCUUUCCAUGAAAGCCAAACACAUGUUCAGUAAUGUACAUAAAGACUGAAAUCCUUUCCUGUUGUUACAACAAACCAACCAUUUCUAACCCAGGCUCAGGUCCCCAAGGCAUUGUGGUUGCUAGAGAACAGGGUAAGAUAAGGCUGGCAGUGUUCACGCUGUACAAACAAACCAUUUCUAACCCAGGCUCAGGUCCCCAAGGCAUUGUGGUUGCUAGAGAACAGGGUAAGAUAAGGCUGGCAGUGUUCACGCUGUACAAACAAACCAUUUCUAACCCAGGCUCAGGUCCCCAAGGCAUUGUGGUUGCUAGAGAACAGGGUAAGAUAAGGCUGGCAGUGUUCACGCUGUACAAACCAACCAUUUCUAACCCAGGCUCAGGUCCCCAAGGCAUUGUGGUUGCUAGAGAACAGGGUAAGAUAAGGCUGGCAGUGUUCACGCUGUACAAUAAAACCUUUCUGUAACGAGUGCAUGUUUGCUGCCGUCUCGGGACAGGGAUCCCUUGAAGGAGAGAUUUGUAUUCUCCAUGGGAUCACCUGUGUAAAUACAGGAUGAUUGGGGAAUUCAAAUGAAUAGAUUGUCUUUGGCAGAAGAUAUAUGAAAUAAUUGUCUUUUUAAUUAUCAAAUCAAACACUGUUCAAAUAAUGUGUUAAUGGGUGAGGAAUGUUGCUAAUGAUGUGCAGAUUUGUCCACUUAUCAAAUUAUAUUACCAUUAAUUUCCCCUACAGUUAACAGGCAAAAAUCUCCCUUGAUAAUAUAAGAAUGGUUCUUUCCCUCAUUCUUUAGCCUACAGCAGUGGAGACUGGUGAGGGAGGACGGCUCAUAAUAAUGAAUGGAAUCAAACAAGUGGAAACCAAGUGUUUGAUGUGUUUAAGACCAUUUCAUAUAUUCAGUUCCAGCCAUUACUAUCAGACUGUCCUCCCCAUUUAAAGUGCCACCAGCCACCACUGGUCUACAGUCUGUUAACAGUCUAUGAGUGAAGUUCAUUAAUAGCAAAGUGAUAAAAGAAAUGCUCUCUUGACCAAACAUAGAGGAGCUCUAAAGCUCCCGGUCCAUCAGCAGAAGAUACACAUCUUUAAUAGAUGCUUCCCUUUGCUUGGCUGCUCCCAUCCAAGUUCUGCCGUGGCUUUGAUAGUCAAAUAACAAACCUGUCCUGUGGUAACCCCGUCCAUCCGGCCGCCGUCAGCGGGGAAAGCAUGGCAAAAAUGUGGAAGUGUAUCCCACACGUAUCAAGACCUAAUAUGAUGUGGGAACCAUGAGACAUGAGCAUGAUAUUACAAGUAUAUUGAAUUUUGAUUCAUCAGAAACAUUUUUUUUUGUAACAUCUGAAAACAGAAAUCUCAAUUCUCAUACGUAUUUGAUCUGUACACAAUACUUUUGUAUCAUAGGCAAAAACAAAUCAAAUGAAUACAAAAUACAUUUUAAAGUGCAAGUUACAGUAUGUACAACUUCAAGUGGGUCAUUUCAGACAACCUGCCAUACAGAAAAAGAUUUACAAGCUUCUUUCAGGUUUCGAUCUUUUACCCCGUACACACACCCUACAAAUACAGAUAAUGACUUACCAGUAACACAGUUUGCAUCCCAAAUGGCACCCUAUUCCCCAUAUAGUGCACUACGUUUCAACAGAGCCUAUGGGCCCUGGUGAAGAGUAGUGCACUACAAAGGGAAUACGGUGCCAUUUGGCAUACAACCAUAGUCUACUGGAUUUUAUUUAAUUGUAUUACAGAUCGAACUUAAGUUAAAAUACUACAUGACAAAUGCUGUGACACUUGAAAUUGACAAAGACAAUUGACAAGCGGCAAAUCACAUCAAACAUUGUCAAAACCUGAAAUGUAAUAAAACUAUGUAAUAUAUCGA